AUGGCCACCUACAAAGUCAAGGUGGCCACUGGUGACGACUUCUUGUCGGGAACAUUGGACUGCAUCUCACUGACCAUCGUGGGGACCCAAGGAGAGAGCCACAAGCAGCGGCUGAACCAUUUUGGGAGAGACUUUGCGACUGGGGCGGUGGAUGAGUACACUGUGCAGUGCCAGCAGGACCUGGGGGAGCUCAUCAUCAUCCGCCUGCACAAGGAGCGAUACUCCUUCUUUCCUAAGGACCCCUGGUACUGCAACUAUGUGCAGAUCUGUGCACCCAACGGCCGCAUCUACCACUUCCCCGCCUACCAGUGGAUGGAUGGCUACGAGACCCUGGCUCUGCGGGAGGCUACAGGAAAGACAACAGCAGACGACUCCCUCCCGAUCCUUCUGGAGCACCGCAGGGAGGAGAUCAGAGCCAAGCAGGACUUCUACCGCUGGAGGGUCUUCGUGCCCGGCCUGCCCAACUACGUGCACAUCCCCAGUUACCGCCCUCCUGUCCGGAGGAACCCCAACCGGCCUGAGUGGAAUGGCUAUAUCCCUGGGUUCCCGAUUCUCAUCAACUUCAAGGCCACCAGGUUCCUGAACUCAAAUCUGCGCUACUCCUUCAUCAAGACAGCCUCCUUCUUUUUCCGCCUGGGGCCCAUGGCGCUGAGGUUCAAACUCCGAGGCUUCGUGGACAGCAAACGGUCGUGGAAGAGACUGAAGGACAUUAAGAAAGUUUUCCCUGCUUACAAGACUGUCAUCUCCGAAUACGUGGCCGAGCACUGGGCAGAGGACAGCUUCUUUGGGUACCAGUACCUCAAUGGCAUCAACCCAAGCGUGAUCCGCCGCUGCACGCGGAUUCCAGACAAGUUCCCCGUCACAGACGACAUGGUGGCCCCGUUCCUGGGCGAAGGAACGUGCCUGCAAGCGGAGCUGGAGAAGGGGAACAUUUACCUGGCAGACUACAGGAUCCUGGAGGGCAUCCCCACCGUGGAGCUCAACGGCCAGAAGCAGCACCAGUGCGCCCCCCUCUGCCUGCUGCACUUUAACCGGGAAGGGAACAUGAUGCCCAUCGCCAUCCAGCUCAGCCAGACCCCUGGGCCCGAUUGCCCCAUCUUCCUGCCCAACGACUCUGAGUGGGACUGGCUGCUGGCCAAGACGUGGGUGCGCAACGCUGAGUUCUACUACCACGAGGCCAUCGCCCACCUGCUGGGGUCCCACCUCAUCGGCGAGGCCUUCUGCCUGGCCAUGCUGAGGCAGCUGCCCAUGUGCCACCCCCUCUACAAGCUCCUGGUCCCCCACACCCGAUACACCAUCCAGAUCAACAGCAUUGGACGGGCCAUCCUCCUCAAUGAGGGGGGGCUGUCUGCCAGGGGCACGUCCCUGGGCCUGAAGGGCAUCGCUGAGCUGAUGGUCCGGUAUCUGUCAGAGAUAACCUACGAGAGCUGCUACCCCCCCAAUGACUUUGCGGAGCGUGGGGUGCAGGACCUGCCGGGAUACUAUUACCGUGACGACUGCCUGGCAGUGUGGGACGCACUGGAGAGGUAUGUGACAGAGAUCAUCACCUACUAUUACCCGUGUGACGCAGCCGUGGAGGGUGACCCGGAAUUGCAGUCCUGGGUGCAGGAGAUAUUCAAGGAGUGCCUACUGGGGCGUGAGAGCUCAGGCUUCCCCACGUGCUUGCGAACCGUGCCUGAACUGAUCCGCUACGUCACCACCAUCAUCUUCAUCUGCUCUGCCAAGCACGCCGCUGUCAACACCGGGCAGCUGGAGUUCACCUCCUGGAUGCCCAACUUCCCGUCCUCCAUGCGGAACCCGCCGAUGCAGGCCAAGGGGCUGAGCACCCAGGAGACCUUCCUGGACACGCUGCCCGACGUGAAGACCACGUGCAUCAUCCUGCUGGUGCUCUGGACACUCAGCCGGGAGCCCGACGACAAGCGGCCCCUGGGCCACUUCCCCGACAUCCACUUCGUGGAGGACGCCCCGCGGCGGAGCAUGGAGACCUUCCGCCAGCGCCUGGCCCAGAUCUCGCACAACAUCCGCCAGCGCAACAAGUGCCUCCCCAUCCCCUACUACUACCUGGACCCCGUGCUGAUCGAGAACAGCAUUUCCAUCUAGGACCGCUCCCCGCCCCGCCCCGCGCCCGCCCGGCUAUUUAAGAAAACACACAACAUAAAAC